CACGCUGUCAAACAAUAUCGAAGUGGAAGUCUCUAAACGUGUCUUGCGAUGCUGAUCUGGACAGUUACCUUGAAGGCUGAGAUACUACUAAGGCAAAUCGAGUUGACACAGUAGAAAAACCUUUACAUGAGUAGAGACACUCUUGACCAUGCUUGGGUGUGUUUUCCCAUCCUGAGGACACUCCGAAGGCGAUGGGCCUUUUCGCCUAAACUGUAUUCUGGGACAAUCCAUACACGGAUACUUAAAUGCAUGCAAUUUUGACAUUACUCAACAUAUAUAUAACUCGUUGUUUCCAUUAUAAGUUUACAAUUCCUUGACUGAUACUUUUAUGAAUGAAUAUUUCUGUCAGUCAUGUUUUAAAUGCUAUUUUAAAUCCCCCAAAAUAAUUUACUAACUCAUUUUGUUUUAAAAGGUGAGACUAGACGGCAUUUGAUAUUGGGUAAACCAUGACAUGCACGUGCCAUCGAUUAAUUUAGAUCCACGAGGUACAGUAUACCCCCUAGCCCCUAGCAGUAUGUCUUGUCUCAGGCCGCAAGUAGAUGGCGUCUGACUACACUACAACACAACCAAUACAGCGAGAUAGCUGAGUCACAGAACUAGGUAGGCUACUGUGGAAAAAGCAACACAGAAACGGGUGUGAACACGGUUAUAGAAGCACCUGGCAAUUAUCGGGAAUCGUCUUGAAGAUGUUGUCCAUAACGUUGAAGACUCUUCAGCAGCAAACGUUUAAAAUCGAAAUAGAUCCAGAACUAACCGUAAAAGCCCUGAAGGAGAAGAUUGAGGUUGAGAAAGGGAAGGUUGGCUAUCCAGCCGCAGGGCAAAAGCUCAUCUAUGCAGGCAAAAUCUUGAAUGAUGACAUACCUUUAAAAGACUACAAAAUUGAUGAGAAAAACUUUGUGGUUGUCAUGGUUACAAAGCCCAAACCUCCAGCUCCUCAACAGAUUUCUCCUCAGGCAACCCCAGCCCCAGCCUCUAGCCCUGCUCCCGCCCCUGCGCCUCCUGUUGUUUCUGGGCUGUCCCUGUCAGACAUGACCUGUUCUACUUCUCCUGCCCCCAUGGAGAACUCAACCCUCUCCCCUACACCCACACCCGCCCCUGCCUCAAACCCCACAAAAUCAGUGGAGCCCUCCACACCCCCAUCCCCUGCACCAGCCCCUGCUUCUAUUCCCCCUGAAGCUCUGGGGGCCAAUGCAGCCCCAGCUCCUGCCGCAGCAGCAUGCCGCGUCCCUGUCUCACCCUCAGAGGACAAGCCUCACGGGGAGCACCCCGAACUGCCCCUCGCCACUACGCCAGCCCUCUCCUCCUCUAGCCUUGUUGAUGACUUAAGUCUCUUGGAAGAAGCAGCAUCGAUACUGGUGACAGGACAAGCGUAUGAGAAUCUGGUGUCUGAAAUCAUGUCUAUGGGAUAUGAAAGGGAGCAGGUUAUUGCAGCGCUGCGAGCCAGUUACAACAACCCAGACAGAGCCGUGGAGUACCUGCUAAUGGGGAUUCCGUCCGAGGCUGAUCUUCAGCCAGUGGAAGCGCUCCAACACAGAGUUCUGGCCAACCUCAAUCCCACUGCCGCAGUUCCUGCCCCAGCCUCUGCUCCAGCCUCUGCUCCAGCCUCUGCUCCAGCUUCAGAUCCAGCCACAGAUAUAGCCCAGCACCCACCAGCAGCCACCAGCGCAGUGUCUUCAACCCAGCAGCCCCCCUCGUCUGGUGGGCUGACUGGUGGGCUAACUGGUGGGCUUACUGGUGGGCUUACUGGUGGAGGUACUGGGGGUGGGAACCCUCUGGAGUUCCUGAGGAACCAGCCACAAUUCCAGCAGAUGAGACAGAUCAUCCAGCAGAACCCAACUCUUCUUCCUGCCCUGCUCCAGCAGCUGGGCAGAGAUAACCCCCAGUUGCUGCAGCAAAUUACCCAGCACCAGGAGAGGUUUGUGCAGAUGCUGAAUGAGCCUCAAGGAGGAGAGAUGGUAGAGGAGGGAGCUGAGGCCCAGGGGGCGCCACAGACUAACUACAUCCAGGUCACCCCACAGGAGAAGGAGGCCAUCGAGAGGUUGAAAGCCUUGGGAUUUCCAGAGGGACUUGUCAUUCAAGCAUAUUUUGCAUGUGAGAAGAACGAGAAUCUAGCUGCCAAUUUUCUGCUCCAACAAACAUUUGAUGACGAGUGAACGUGCCUGCCUUGGCAUGAAGGGGAAGAAUGGAGGGCUAGAGAAUGAGUAAUAGUGCUCCAGAAUGUGCUUUUGGAAGGAGUGGAAAAAGUUACCCAAAGUGACUGAUCUUCCCGGAUGCUUUUCAUUGGACAAAGACGUGAUGUGUUGUUACUGUCAGCUAGACCUUCUCCAUUCUGAGUGUUAGAUCUCCAUGGGCUCUCUCUCUCUCUCUCUCUCUCUCUCUCUCUCUCUCUCUCUCUCUCUCUCUCUCUCUCUCUCUCUCUCUCUCACUGCUGCUAUACCUGCUCCUUGUGCCGUGUCCAUCUAUAGAGUUACAGUGGGCAGCUUGCCCUCACCAUAUAUUGCUUUUCAAUCCCUCGCAAAUAAAACCCCAAGCAUACAUUAGCUGGUUGAUUCAUAUUUGUUAUGUAAACCUCAUCUCCUGGGAAAAUAUACUUGAGUGUCCUGUGAUAAAAUGACAAAACCAGCAAAAUGGCCACGGAACUCAAAUGUGUUGUUUGUUUUCUAGGCCGAGGCUGCGAAUCCGACAUUUCUCGACCCUCCGUUCUGACAGCUAAAGGUCCCGAAGCUUCUGCGCAUGUGUGUGAUUCUCUACUCACAGUCUCUGCUCUUCUAAUACAGAACCCCCCUUCACCUUUCUCACUGUCCAUCGUGAAUGAUAAUUCUUUCAUUUGUACCGGUGAAAUGCCCAUGCAGAAUCUGCAUACCAACCUUUGUGAUCUCAAUCAGUUUCAUGGGGAUAUGCAUUUAGAUCUUCUUAUACCGUGUUGUUUAGAAAUAGCCUACAGUGUUGUUUAGAAUUAUGUACAGUGUUGUUUAGAAUUAUGUACAGUGAUUGAAUUUUAGAGCAGACGGUACUUAGUUUCAAUCAAAGCAAAAUAUUAUUUACAUUUACAUUUAAGUCAUUUAGCAGACGCUCUUAUCCAGAGCGAUUAUGCCUAGUGGAGCAGACUUGUGUUUUGGCCACAUGAGAGAAAAAUCCAACCCUUCACACAAUCAUCUUUAAAAUCUCAUACGGAAUUAGGUGUUUCUUUGUUGUCUUACAGUAACGUUAUACUAUGCUAUUAUAUUUGGUCCUGUUAUGUUGAACACUAUCAUUAUGUGAUGUUGCAGACAUUGAUUCAGCUUUGAUCUAACUUUAGUAAUAAAGCCCCGUUCGUUCACCAGAGCAGAGAGUAAGUAGCCUGUUCUCUAUGAGUAGAGCGGAGACUGUACGUAAAAGUAGAGAGUUCCGCACAUAUACAGAAGUUUCGGGACCUUUAGCUGUUGGGAAGAGGGGUCCAGAAUCCGCAGCCACUCCGUUGUUUUAUUAUUUGUCUCCACAACGCUUCUUAUUUCUCUCAGCUGAUCAUUACUGUCCAACCUUUCCAAUAUGUUUGGGAUAUUUUGCCAAUGAAGUGUCCUAUUAAUGUUGGAGAGUUGCUUUGUCACUUUAUUUGACUGUUACAAAGGGAACAUUUCUUUGUAGAAGAGAAGGAUGUUCUGUGAUUGAUGUGUCAUCGUAUUAAAAUAUUAUAACACUGUAAAAUGAGACAUGGUAGAUGGUAGGGAAUACUGGAUUUGGUUCCAGAUGUGCCCCAGUGUAUUUUCACUGUAAGGUACCAAAUGAUUUUACAAAAGGAAGUUUUAGCCACAUUGUUUUUUUUCUCUUUUUUUUUCUCGAUAUCAUUGCUCAACAGUUGAAGACUAGUUGAAGCUGAAAGUCAAUUGAGCCAUGUCCUUAAUAUUAUUUUAGAAUCACUUUAAGCAUAUAACAAGAUUCUGCUCUCUCUGGACACUUUUUUGUGUGUGUUUUGAUUGCCCCUGAUCCUUAAUGUAUUAUAUCAAAAGAAAUCAUGCUGCAAGUUUUUUAACCAUGUAAUUGCUCUUUCAUGCCCCGUGGUUUGUCUCAUUUUGUUGAAGAGUAAUUGUUUGUUUGUGCAAAGUCAUGUACAGCUUUCAAAGGUCUAUCGUUAGUCGAUAUGUAUUUUUGUUUUUGCAUAGAUGAGUCCUAUAGGAUUUACGUUGCCUAUCAAAAGUAAACACCCAUCUCAUAAAAUGUGCUAGAGUGAAGGUAAGUCCUGGAAGUCCUAUAAGCCAAAAGAAAACAAGUAAACAUCCCACAAAACUGGCCUUGGCUUUUCAUUUUUCUCUUGUGUGUAGAUGGGAAAGAUUGACCCAGCAGAGUUUCUGACUGUACAUGGAGUUGAUUUAUGCUUUUGCAAAAGGAAGCACUUUAAUGUGAAGACUGUUGCUCUGAGAUAUGUAAGGUUGGUUAAUUGCAUGAGUGUAUAACAGAGGCUCUAGCUGAGCUAUGGCAUGCUGUGGAACCACAGGAGUGAUGAUUUCAGCAUCUAAGUUUUCGUUUUGUUGUUUUGUUUUCUUUGAAACUACAAUAAAGCAAAAGGGUUUUAGACUUAAAUGCACCACUUGAAGGUUUAUUUAAGGUUAUUAUUUCAGCGUUAUGUCAAAUAAAUAGCUUUUUACAGAG